CUUGUACACGUGAGAAGCUGCUGUAAGUGAGCCGCAGCUGACAGCGCAGAAACAUGGCCUCGGACGAUGCUUUUAAAGUAUCCUCGCUGAGGGGGAAAGUGACCCUGAUCACGGGGGCCAGCUCGGGCAUCGGGGCAGGCACCAGCGUCCUGUUCGCCAGACUGGGAGCUCUGCUGGCUCUGAACGGCCGCGACGUGGAAAACCUGAAAAAAGUCGCCCAACAGUGCAGCGACUGCGGCGCUGCAGAGCCUCUGCUCGUUCCCGGAGACCUGACUGAUGAGGAGACUGUGAAGAAGACCGUGGAGCAAACUAUCGCUCACUUCGGCCGGCUGGACGUCCUCGUUAACAGCGCCGGGAUCCUGGCCAUGGGCAGCAUCGAGACAACAGACCUGGCUCAGUACGACAGGGUCAUGAACAUCAAUGUCAGAUCUGUGUACCACCUGACUCAACUCUGUGUUCCCCACCUGAUCAAGACCAAAGGCUCCAUCGUCAACGUUUCCAGUGUCAACGGACAGAGAUCGUUCCCUGGUGUGCUGGCCUACUGCAUGUCCAAGUCCGCCAUCGAUCAGUUUACACGUUGUAUAGCACUUGAGUUAGCAUCAAAGCAGGUCAGGGUGAACUCUGUCUGCCCUGGUGUGAUCAUCACAGAUGUCCACAAGAGAGCAGGACUAGACGAGGAGCAGUACGCUCAGUUUCUUGCAAAGUCUAAGCAGACCCACGCCCUCGGUCGACCAGGGGAGGUGGAGGAAGUGGCCCACAGCAUCGCCUUCCUGGCGUCAGACGCCGCCAGCUUCAUUACUGGAGUCAACCUGCCCAUUGACGGGGGUCGCCACGCCAUGUGCCCACGAUAAGAUCAUGAGCCUUGACUUCCGGGAAGACCUGUCACACCACUUGUGCCCUGUGGCCCAGAUUUGCCAGGCAAGCCCACUUCUCCGUCUUCUCCUUG